AUGUAUAAUGUUUGGUUACUCUCCUUGUGUGCGGCUUUAACGGUAGCCUUACAAGGGAUGUUCGAAAGUUUUGAACAAAGUGGUGAAGAUGUAGUAUUUUUGGACUUACGCGUGCGUAAAAUAAAUCGCACGACGUCCCCAUUAAAUGGAACUGCCAUUGUGAGAGUACCUCUAGGAAACGAUAUCCAGUUAUCAAUGGAUUUGUUUCAUAGCCGGCUCGGGAACAAUCAGUUCAACCAUUAUCCAAUGAAGCUGCCAUCGGCCGGAAAUUGUGAUUUUAUUAAAAAUAUGCACAUCAACUACAAAGAACAACUAACGCUGAUAGAAAAUUUUCCUGGCGAAGGCGAGUGUCCAGUUUCACCCCGGACCGUAGAAGUCAGGGAUUAUGUAUUUCCAUCUGAGGUACUACCGGCCAUAGCUCCAAGGGGACUAUGGAAGGCAACGAUUACCUAUUUAUCAAUGGAUUUGUUCUACAGCCGACUCGGGAAUAAUCAGUUCAACCAUUAUCCAAUGAAGCUGCCAUCGGCCGGAACAUGCGAUUUUAUUAAAAAUAUGCACAACAACUACAAAGAUCACGUAAACCAGCUUGAAAAUUAUCCGGACAAAGACGAGUGCCCAAUUUCACCCAGAACCAUAAUUAUCAGGGAUUAUGUAUUUCCAUCUGAGGUGAUACCGCCCCUAGCUCCAAGAGGACUAUGGAAGGCAAUAUUGACCGGUGUAAGAUCUGAGGAAGUUGUUAUGGGUUACACAUUGCUGUUGACAGUAAGCGAUUACAGUUAG